UUUAAACUCAGGCGACGAAGCCAUUUUGGGUGUUUUUCUUUGUUCAAGACGCAAUAUAUUUUUUUUCCUCUCUUGCCUCUUGAAGAUAAAGCUGAAGAUAUGGUUGUUGCAGCUUCCCAGAAUCCACCUGGAGUUGAAACUCAUGCUCAAAGCAUUCCUCCUGGGAUGACACCAGCGCAGGGUUCACGACAUCCAGGUCCUAGUUCCUACAGAGGACCCAACCCGAAUCACCUGGACCGUCAACAGCAAGGCAACUGGCCCUUUUUCUACGUUCAACCCUCACAGCCUUACAUGCCAUGCCAGUGGCCCAUGCCGAUGCCUUAUGUUCCCUAUGGAGGCUUCCCUGGGUUGGGUUAUGGCAUGGUGUUGCCACCCUUCCCUCCUGCUUCAUAUGUAGAAGCUCCCGGCUACAUCCUUCCCCACACCCAGCUGCACAUGGUCGACUACAGACGCAUGAUGACCCCCCAUUUGGCGCCCACAAUGGCAUAUCAAGCUCGCCGUUUCCGUUACCAGCACACGACACCAUCUGGUCGUGUCAUGGUCAGUUCAGAAGUUCAAACCGAGCCUGUGUGUACCGACUCACAACAACACGGCUGCAAUGCUGUGACAAGCACCCAGAGCAGCUCUGAAUCAGGAAGGAGUACUGACUCUACUAGUGUUCUCUCAUCACCUAGACCAAAUGAAGGCACAUCUGCCUGUCCUGAAGAAAAGGGCUGCCCAAUGUUGUCAAGCAAAAUGGAUGGAGAAAUGGCCAGAAUUGCUACUGUUCAAAAUGGUAUUCUCUUCCAAGCGGAGGAGGUGCGGAUCGAGUGUAGUGGAUCCCCUUCUGCAGUGAAGAUCACACAUUCCACGGAGACCACUGAGCUUGCCAGCAAUGCUGAUGGUGAGCUCUUGCAGUGUAAUGUGGGAUCUGCAGAAGAUGUGGUCUUGAGGUGUUUCCAGCCUGUGCCAUUUGGGGAUGAGGAGGAAAGGAAAGGUACAAAAGACCUCAGCCAUUUGGAGGACCCUUGCCCUGAUAUUCUAAUGGUUUCUUGCCCCUCAAAUGGUUCGGUAAGCCCACUAGAAGGAUCAAUUGUUGCACCUGUUGAACCAGUCAACAGCACAUUGGUUGUUCAAGGGGAUCCCAGCUUGGUAAAAAGUGCUCAGGAUAUCUGUGGGAACCCCAAGAACAUUCACUUCAAAAUCUUGCGAUUACCUCUUGACCUGCAGUGCUUGGAUGAGUUGAGGCAGAUGGAGGCCUCCAUCUGGUCUGUAGAGUCUUUGAUGCCUUAUGUGCCUACUGCUGAGUGGAUGAUGCAAAAUAGCCUGGUGACCCCUGGGAAACCAUCCCUUGCCACAGUAAUGGAGGUUCCUGCUGAGGAUCCUCUACAAUCAAAUCAAUCUCCAGCAGAUGCACCACCAUCUAUGUUGAAAGCUGGAUCAGUGAUUGAACUUGAUGGCCAAGACUCGAUGACCUCACUUGAAUCCCUUCCACCAUUCCUUCCUUCAGCCAGCAGACUAGCAGACUUUGGUAAUGCAUAUUACAAUAAACUAUCCUCUAAUGUGCAGAUCAGCAACCCUGGUAACUGGGCGAAGGGGCAACCUGAAGCCCAUCAGGACAGCAAAGUCCAGUCUGGACACCAAAGUCCCAGUUCUACUCCUAAGAAAUUGAAAGAGGAGAUGACCAACCAGAGUGUUAUGAUCUCUGGGGUUAGCCUUUCUGAUAAGGCGCAUAGCUCGGCUCAUUUGUUUCCCGAGUCACCUCUCAAACACAAAGUACGCAUGUGUAAAAGCUGUUCAGUGAAACGCAGUGCAGACAUCUGCUCUGGUAGUCCAAGCAGCAAGGCUGGCUGCAUGAAACGGCACAAGGUUUCUCGUACUCAUUUAACGGGGGAUAAGGUCAAGGUUCCGUUGUGUGCCAAGUGCAUGCGUGAUCCUGAGAAAAAAGCUAGGUGCAAAGUGGCUGCUAUUACAGCCAACCCUGAGUUGAACAACACGAACAAUGAAACGAGUGAAGUGUCAGAAAAUGAUGUAUAUCCUUCAAAAAUGUGCUCAAAAAAGUUGUUCAGUAUUCAAAAUCCCCAUUCGGGCAAACAUUUGGAGAAAUGCCCAAUGUCCCACCAGUCCAAGCUGAGAGAGCAGAAUUGCUCAUGUGAGGAUAUGAGAGCUUCACAUUCCACUUCAGCAUGGAACAGUAAUGGACAUAGCCAGCAUGAUGACCUAACUUGGGAGAGAAAUGAGGAAAACCUGGCUCUUUCUGUGAUGGAGAGAUGGAGGGAUACGGAGCAGAGAUUCAUUGGUGAGAAAUCAUGGAGAGGAAGUAUGCAAGUGUCCGAUAGCGAGAGUACCAAAAGUGGAGGAAAGAUGAGGACCCGCAAUAAACAAAAACAAUGUACACAAUCACUAGAAGUUCACAGAAGAGACACGAGAUACUGAUGACACUAUUUGCACAGUGACUAAAUGGACAAGGGCAUGUUUUAAGAUCACGUUUUAAAUGCCACAAGUAAUUUUUUCCCCACUUCCUUUAAAAAAAAGAAAAUCACAGCUCACUAUUUUAUACAGUGAUUGAAUAAAGCACUUUUGAUGUUUUCCUUA